GAAGAAGGCACGUACAGUUUUCAUCACCCAAUUCGACCACUCGAGACUUGAGAGGGAUGGUUCUUGGAGUGUUCUGUGCAGCUGCAGGCGCCUCAGUGGCGUGGAGAUGGAGCCUUCUGCUGGCGUAUGGUCUCCCGGGCCUUGUGGUUCUGUGGCAGCUCCACCGGCUGCUGGACCGGCUGUGGUGGCGGCCGCGGCGGCUCGAGCGGGAGCUGCGCGCGCAGGGCAUCCGCGGCACCUCCUACCGCUUCCUCGCCGGCGACCUCACGAGAAAAGCCCGGCUGAACAAGGAAGCCUGGUCGAGGCCGUUGCCGCUGCGAUGCCACGACAUCGCCCCCCACGUGGCGCCUUUCCUCUCCGAUUCAGUCCGGGAGCACGGCAAGGUGAGCCUCUCCUGGUUCGGCCCCAUCCCCAAGGUAACCAUCGCCGACCCCGACCUCGCCAAGCACGUGCUUUCCAACAAGUUCGGGCACCUGGAGAAGCCCAAGUUCCCGGCACUGUGGAAGCUCCUCGCUAAUGGCCUCUCCAACCACGAGGGCGACAAGUGGGUUAAGCACAGGCGGCUCCUAAACCCUGCUUUCAAUCUCGAGAAGAUCAAGUGCAUGCUGCCGGAGUUCUCUGCGUGCUGUGAAGAAUUGAUCAGCAGAUGGAUGGAGUCCAUCGGCUCAAAUGGCUCGUGUGAGCUCGACGUUUGGCCGGAAAUCCAAAGCCUGACCGGGGAUGUCAUUUCUCGCACUGCAUUCGGUAGCAGCUACCUUGAAGGAAGGAAGAUAUUCCAGUUGCAAUCCGAGCAAGCUGGGCGUAUAAUGACAAACAUUCGGAUGAUUCUCAUUCCCGGUUAUUUACCCUUGCCAACCACAAACAAUAGAAGGAUGUAUCAAAUCAACGACGAGAUAGAAUCGAUUCUGCGAGGUAUAAUCGAGAAAAGAAUUAAAGCAAUGAAAGAAGGCCAAAGUGCAAAACAAGACUUGCUCGGUUUAUUGCUAGAACCAAACAUCGGGGAAACAUAUGAGAAUGGUCAAUCUAACAUAGGCAUGACGAUCGAAGACGUCAUUGAGGAGUGCAAGUUGUUCUACUUUGCAGGAAUGGAGACAACAUCGGUGCUACUCACAUGGACCAUGAUCGUUCUAAGCAUGCACCCAGAGUGGCAGGACCGUGCAAGGCAGGAGGUACUAGGAUUAUUUGGGAAAAAUAAACCUGAAUAUGAAGGCCUAAAUCGACUCAAAACGGUGACCAUGAUCCUCUACGAGGUUCUUCGGUUGUAUCCCCCGAGCAUCCAUUUCAGUCGGAAGACAUACAAGGAGGUGCAAAUUGGAGACACAAAGUACCCCGCUGGUGUGAUGAUUGAGCUUGCCGUAUUGUUCAUGCACCAUGACCCUGACAUUUGGGGAACCGAUGUGCACGAAUUCAAGCUGGAGAGGUUUGCUGAGGGGAUCUCGAAGGCAUCGAAGAAUCCAGGAGCAUUUCUUCCAUUUGGUUGGGGACCACGGAUUUGCAUCGGCCAGAACUUUGCGCUUCUUGAGGCCAAGAUGGCCAUUUGCAUGAUCCUCCAACGCUUUGAGUUCAUGCUUGCGUCGUCCUAUACUCAUGCACCACAUACUGUAGUAACACUGCAUCCAAUGCAUGGAGCGCAAAUUAAGCUUGGGCUCAUUUGAUUUUUUUUCAUGUUUUCAUGUUUAUGUAGUUUAAUAAGAACUUAUGUUUCUUCA